AUGAACUAUGAUGAGACCAACCUCACAGAUUGUAAAACCUAUAUUUAUAAAAGAGGCACAAAGUACCCAGAAAGAAUAUUAAAUAAUUCGAAAACAGCAAUUUCACUCAUGUUUACAGGUACGGCACAUGGUGAGUUGUUACCAAUAUAUGUGGUAUAUAAAUCAGAUCAUCUAUGGGAUACGUGGCUAGAAGGUGGACCUGAAGGGACGAGGUACAGUCGAUCAAAAAGUGGGUGGUUCGAUGCAGUCUGUUUUAAAGACUGGUUUAAUACCAUUAUAGUACCUUACGCACAUAAGAUAGCGGGCCGAAAACUUCUAAUCGGAGAUAAUCUGUCGUCUUAUUUUUCAGAAAACUUACUAAAGACUUGUAAAGAAAUAAAUAUUGCAUUUGUGUGCUUACCACCGAAAACCACACAUCUGCUUCAACCAUUAGAUGUCGCGUUUUUCGCUCCGCUAAAGACAUACUGGCGAGAUGUAUUAACUCAUUGGAAGUUAAUGGAAGAGCGGAAACAUAAAACUUUGGUUAAAAAUUCAUUUCACAAAUUAUUGGGUCAACUAAAAAACAAAUUGGUUAAAAGAGGUGCUGUAUCUCGUAAUCUCGAAGCAGGUUUUAGUAAAUCGGGUUUAUAUCCAAUCAACCCUGAACUUCCUAAGUCACGACUGCCACAAAGGACAAAUGUUACAGAUCAACAAAUAAAUAACACUACAUUAUUAGUAGUAACAGAAAUUUUGCAAGAAAUAAGGAAUCCUCUAGCGCCUGCACAAAUAAGACGAAAAAGGAAGUGUGAUGUACAGCCCGGGAAAAGUAUGACAGCAGCAGACUUGGUUCAAAGUGAACUUCAUACAACUACGAAGUCAAAUAAAAAAAAAACAAGAAAAGCCCAAGGGUAA